GGUACCCUUUCGCGGGGUCUCACCGAGAAUUCAGCAGCACAAACCGCCGUGAAGGCGUCCAGAUUCUGGAAUCUUCGAAGCGUGUCGCGCGCCCUCCCCAAUUUUUAUACGGGCGGGUUCCAUCCAGGCCAUCGUCGUGGUUUUGCUGUCGGAUCGAAUUCCUCCGGUCCUCCCCCCUCUUCAUACUCUGCGCUCGCGGAUCCACCUCGGCUCGCUGCUCGCAGGUAAUGGUGCUUGCUUGAUUCCGCGUUCAAUUCUGUCGUGAUUUAGGCCCUAGUUGUUUUGUGGGGCGGCCGAUUCCCCUUCCCCCCCCCCCCCCCCCCCCCCCCCCUUCUUCCCGAUUUUUCUGCCUCCCGGAAUUUUCUGGAAGCUCCGCGACCCCGGUCCGCUCGGCUCCCUCCCCGAUUCAGCGUUCACCCCCCGCCGAUUUCCCUACCUGUCCGCCCGACCUCCCUGCCCGCUCGCCUCCCUAGCGUCCCCCAAUAACAUCGACUGCAGCCUCCGACCACCCCCGCCUGAGGCCACAGGUGCGGCGGUACGUCCGGGCCCUCAGAUCCGAAGGAGUCGUGGCGGUGCGAGUGGCGGGACCAGCAGCUUGUUUCGCCUCGAAGAACUGCAAGAUGUCUGCCAAUGUUGGGGAAUCGACGAGCGUUGGCAGCGGUGGUGACGCAGCUGGGGGGAGCUUCGAGUGCAAUAUCUGCUUUGAGUUGCCACAAGAGCCAAUAGUAACUCUAUGUGGUCACCUGUUCUGUUGGCCUUGCCUCUACAGGUGGCUGCACAUGCAUGCGCACACACCAGAGUGCCCCGUGUGCAAGGCCAUUGUUGAAGAAGACAAGCUUGUUCCCCUUUAUGGCCGUGGCAAGGACCGUGUUGACCCAAGGUCAAAGAACACGCCUGGAGCUGACAUUCCUCACCGCCCAGCUGGCCAGAGGCCUGCAACAGCUCAACAGGCUGAUCCUAACAACAAUUUUAUGAAUGCGCAUGCAAACCAAUGGUUCAUGGGCAUGGGCACGGGAGUCCCGUUGGCAAAUGCACGGUGGGGCAACUAUGCGUUUUCGGCUGCAUUUGGGGGCCUGUUCCCUAUGCUUAACUUCCAAAUGCAUGGAUUUGCCGAUCCAACUGCUUAUGCCCAGCCUGCUGGUUUUCACUAUGGGUAUGGCCAUGGACAUGGAUUCCAUGGUGGGCAUAUGGGGCAUGCCCAUGGCGUCCCCCGCCAAGGUCCGCUUGGACAACAGCAGCAAGCAGACGUCUACCUAAAGGCCCUACUCCUCAUGGUUGGAGUUCUUGUGAUUGCAAGUCUCCUUGCAUUUUAAAGUUGUGGGUAGCUUCACUUCAUGAUGGUGUUUGGUAAGAGCUGUCAGAUUAUCUUCUUGGUGCCGUGGCUUAUCUUUGGGCCAAAUGUGACAUAGUUGAAUGUUCGUAUGAGAUGUUUGUUAAGUAUCUGUAUUUAGAUCUAGAUAAGGCUCUACAUACAGCAUUUAUGUGCUAUUAGGAUAAACCUGGCAUAACUUUUGUAGUUCUCGCGUGUUUGAAGAAUGCGAUGUACAAUUACUGUGAUAUACAAUUAUUUGGAGGUCAUCUCCUUGUGUAUUUACCUGUAUCCUGUCAUCCUGUGGCCUACAAGUUUGAAAAGGAAAUGGGAAGACAAUUUUAAGUUUCA